UACUCCGCCGCCACCGUCGCUCUCCGCCACCGCUGCCACCGUCGCCACAACCACCACCACCGCCACCUACCCUGAUUCUCUAGAUUCUUCCCCUCGUUCCCGCAACACCGAUUCCUGGGGCGAGGACAACUCUCUAUACCCAUCUAAUAAUGGCACUACGACGGCGCUGCCGCAACUGGGCUUGACCAAGCUCCGACUGAUGUGCAGCUAUGGCGGUCACAUAGUCCCUCGUCCCCAUGACAAGUCCCUCUGCUACGUCGGUGGUGAUACACGAAUUGUCGUCGUUGACCGCCACACGACUCUCUCUGACCUCACUCUGCGGCUCUCCAAAAUCCUUUUCCGAUCUUCUUCUUCAUCCUCGUUGACGUCUACAACGGCGUCUGUGUUUACGCUUAAGUAUCAGCUCCCAUCGGAAGACCUCGAUUCGUUGAUCUCCGUUACCACCGACGAAGACUUGGAGAACAUGAUCGACGAAUAUGAGAGGUUGAAUUCCUCCUCUGACGUCAACAAAUCGUCACGGCUUCGUUUAUUCUUGUUUCCGACCAAACCCGAAUCCGUUUCCUCAAUCGGAUCGCUUCUAGAAAACAGCACUAAAUCGGAAGAUUGGUUUCUUAACGCUCUAAACGGUACAACGUCGGGGUUUUCCGAUACUUCGUCGGUGAAUUGCUUAUUAGGUCUGGAUGACGAUGCUUCCGUCCCGGAGAAAAAGGAUCUCGAUCACAAGGGUGUAAUUGGCAAAAAUCCCAAAGGGAAUAAUUCUGCACAGGAUGUUCGUUCGGUACCCGAUUUAGAGAGGACGUCUUCGUUCGGGUCUGCUUCGUCUUCUCCAUCGUUGGCUAGCUUACCGCCCAUUAGAGUACAUGUGGAUGAUAAUCAGAAGGUUGGGGGAAUUGAGGAGCAGUUUUCUCAGAUGAGCGUACGGCCGCAACACCACAAGCAUCAAGACGAUGGGGGUUACGUGGCUGCGCCUGCUCCGGUGGUUGUUACCGGUGUGCCAAUGAAUUCUCCGAAGCGAGUUUUGUCUGAGGAUGAGAGAUCGGAGCAGGGUUCGCAAAUUGCUUAUCAAAAGCAUCAACAACAGCAGUAUCAGCAAAAACAAUCUAUGGGUUUUGAUUUGGCUUCUUCGGAUUCAGUUUCGAGUGAUGGUAGACAAAAGCCGCCUAUGAUUUAUCAGGAUCAAUUGGUACAAAUCCAAUCUUCUAAUAACAACAAUCGAACUACUGAUCUGAAUAACCCCCCUGAUCAGAACACUAGAAUUCAGAUGCAACAACAACAACAACAAAUUGCAGAUUCUGCUUAUUUAAUGUCAAUAUCAACUACCCAAGUUGAUACACAACAUCCUCAACUCCACCACCAACAACCACAGUUUAUUCACACCGCCGUUCCACCACCACAGUACAUCCAACACCACCCAUCUGGGGCGGUUCCCAUGGCAUCUUACUACCAAAUGUACCCAUCCCAGAACCAACACCACCCUCACCAUCCAGCCAUCGAUCAGCAGAACUUUGUGUAUUAUAUGCCUGCUAGGCAGGCGCCUCAUGGCUACAACCUGCAAAUGCAGCAGCAGCAGCAGCAGCCGCAGCCUACUAGUUACGCCGAGGCACCUCCUGCAUCUGCCACCACCCUUCCCCAUAAUCAACCACCACCUUCGUCAUACACCACCUCUAGGACUGCUCAAACCCCGAAAAGUGACUUACCUGCCGGAGUCUUUGGAACAACGAAUUCUGGUGGUUCUCAAUUUGUUCAGGUUCCUUCUAGCCAACAUCAGCCUCAGCCUCAGCCUCAGCCUCAGUAUGUUGGGUAUUCGCAGAUCCACCACCCUUCUCAGUCAGUUGCUUCUUCUGUUGCUGGUGGUGGAGCUAACUACGGGUAUGAAUACGCUGAUCCAGCACAAAGACAGCAUAUGUACUAUGCCGCUCAGCAGUUGCCGCCUCAGUCCGCUGCUCAAUAUCAAACUGUGACUGGUGAAUCUGGUUCUUAUCUUCCUGCAGAUAGUAGUACAAAGCAACAACCGGGGAGAACUCCACAGCCAUGAAUUGACAGGUGAAUUUCUGGGAAAGUUUUGCAGCAAAUUUGUUUCUGUUUUCUCUUCGUGUUCUUGAUUAUAUGUCGUCUAUCUUGUUAUUUGUGUUGGUUGUUGGUAUGUGUUUGUGAUAGGUAAUAAGAACAACUCAGAAAAGUUCUUUUCUUUUACUUGUGUAUUCUUCUAUUGGAUGAUAUCUAUAUCUCCUAUUAUAUGCCAUGUUAUUGCUAGUGAAAAUGAAUAGUGGAUUCUUGAAA